UUUUUUUUUUUUUUUUUUUUUUUGCCUACAGACAAGGGAGAGGGGAUAGCACCUCCCUCGUCCUAUCUGCUGGAGAAAGAGAGAGGGGGGGCAGAGAGACUGAGAUUGCGUGUGCAUGCUCCUCCGUGUGUGCGUGAGUGUGUGUGAGAGUGUGAGUGUGUCGGCGGUGCUGGGACUCGGACGACAUGAGCUCUACAUGAGUCGUGUAAAAAAUUGCUUUAAGACGCUCUCGGCGUUUGCGUUUGACCCCUCCGAACCGAGGACGAGCCUGAAGCGGAGCCGUGCGCAUUAAAGAUCCAUCACGACCAGGUGCAGCACUGUCUUAAGCCUGCAGAGGCAGAAUGCCGGAGCAGAGCAACGACUACCGUGUGGUGGUGUUCGGCGCCGGAGGCGUGGGGAAGAGCUCCCUGGUCCUGCGCUUUGUUAAGGGCACGUUCAGGGACACCUACAUCCCCACGGUGGAGGACACCUACCGGCAAGUGAUCAGCUGCGAUAAAAGCGUGUGCACCCUGCAGAUCACAGACACCACGGGCAGCCACCAGUUCCCGGCCAUGCAGCGCCUCUCCAUCUCCAAGGGCCACGCCUUCAUCCUGGUCUACUCCAUCACAAGCAAGCAGUCUCUGGAGGAGCUGAAACCCAUUUAUCAACAGAUUCUGGCCAUAAAAAGCAAUGUCGAGGCCAUCCCCAUCAUGCUGGUGGGAAACAAGAGCGAUGAAACCCAUCGUGAGGUGGAGACCAAGGACGGGGAGGACCAGGCCAACCGCUGGAAGUGCGCCUUCAUGGAGACGUCGGCCAAGACCAACCACAACGUCACGGAGCUCUUCCAGGAGCUGCUCAACCUGGACAAGAAGAGGAACAUGAGCCUGAACAUCGACGGCAAGCACUCCGGGAAGCAGUCCCGCGCAGAGAGACUGAAGGGCAAAUGCAGCGUGAUGUAGAUCGAGAAAGAGGAGAGGAGACGGCAGGAGAGGAGAAGAGAGGAAAGAGGGAAGAGAGGGAGAUAUGCUGAUCGGGAGAGAUAAAUGAGAAGGACAGGACAAAGGAGAGACUCUCUGUCUAUCCAAUCAAAGCAAAAAUGUUGCGAUGGCAAUGGGAAUCUUAUUAUCCACAUCCCCCAUUUGUUUGAGUUGGGAUUUCAGAACCACAGCAGCGCACCGGAAAGAAGCAGCUCUUCAGAAGGGUUUGUCCAAGUGGGUGGAGGAGAGAUGGUGGCGCAGCGUCCAGGAACCGUGGAGAAGAAGACGAGCGAGGAAUGGAACCGUGGAGGCUGCGGAGAUUUGCGUGCAUAGAAACAUCGGAGCCAUCGUCGAAGUAGAAAAAAGUCCCCGAUGAGUUCAAAUCAUUUAUCUUUUCAUCUGGCCUCUUCAUGUGUGCUUCUCCAUCUCCCACUAUCCCAACAUCUUUAGAAAUAACCGGUUUUUACUUUCUUCAAGAUCAGUCAUCUGCUGAAAUCGGUCCAUCAUGCUAAUAACUGCGGGAAUCACACAUCUGAGACUGCCAGCAUGAGCAGCACUCAGCAGGACAUACAGGCAGGUCCCAGAGCCACAGCACUGGACUCCACUGUAUAUAACCACGGGGGGGUGUAAAUAUCUUCCAUCUAGCCUAAACAUCUUUAGCCUCAACUAAUCACUCAGUCACAGGAGAGGAGCAACUCAAGUCUGACGGCGUAAACGAUUCACCUCGUCGUUCCUCCUCGGAGAUGGAAAAAAAAGAUUAAUUUCUCUUCUGGUCUUGUUAAAAAAAAAAAAACACACACACAACUUAGCAACAAAACCUCUGAAAAUCAUCACCGUAAAUGAUGAGGUAUCUAGCUUGCACACUGAUACACGCAACAAUCCUUUUAAAUCGUUCGUAAAGCGUAGAAUAACUGAAGAGGAGGAAGGCGAACCGGAGGACGAAGAAGGAGAAACGAGGUUGCCUUGUUUUCCCAGGAUGGAUAAUCAAUGCUGAGAUGGAGAGACGAAUGGAAGAGGUCAAGAAUAUCAGCUCGCUUUGACACUUUUCAUGUGAAAAUUUUUCUUUAUGCCUUUUUUUCCUAGUCUGUUUGCUUUGUAAUGAUCUUUAAGAAUCACGCUAGAUGGGAAGGAAAUCCUUCAAUUUAAAACAUAGUGAAGGAGAGAGAAAAACAGGAGGCUAAAAGAAAACACGGUUCAUUUGGAGAACUGCUAGUCCUGUUUCUAUUUUGCUGGUUUGAUUAUAAGUACACUGCAGACAAAUUUGAACCGCUGGUAAAGAUACGGUAAAGGACUUGAAGUAAAAGCAGAAUUAAUGCGUGGGGACUAAGAUGUUGUGUCUUCCUGACUUGAUUUGACCGAAUGUUGUGAAUCCUUAUCCUUCCAAAAGUCUUGGGAAAUCUGAUUUUCAGUUUACUAAAAAACAAAAUAAUUCAAAGAAUUCUUAGAGGUUUUGCAGGGAAGAGGAACAUCCCACAGGAUCACAACUCCUCUGUCAUACUGGUCUUCUGUUUCAGGAUUGAUGAGACAUUUUUGUUCAUUUUCUCACCUGAUCAAUGGACCAAAUGGUCCAAACACGGUUUUAGUUGCCUCUAAGUGUUCAAGAUGUAGUGGAGGUUUGGUGACCUUAAAGUGCCACAGAUCCAGUUUAUUUUAGAAGAUUUUACAGAUUCCUCAGUCUGUAGAUUUAGAGAUGUUGCUAUUAUCAGCAUCAUUUGCUAAAAUCUUCUCUUACCUUUGAAAGAAACUGGCCUCUGAGACAGGAAGUCGUCGAUUGCUAGCUAAUUUGACAGAAUUUACAUUUUUUACCACCUGCACUGUAGUGUAGGUUUGGAACGGCAGAAGCAUUGUUCCUUUUAAAGAGUUACCAAAAAAAAAAAAAAAAAAGUUAAGAGAACAUUUGUAAAAAUCAAUUUAAUCAGAUUAGCUACUGGAAUAAGAGAUGAAUUUAUUCUGAGGCUCUUUACAUAUCUUUACCAGAGAUUUGUCUGCCAUUUGUGCAUCAUCAGCUGGAAGCAGGAGAUGGGAUAAACACACACGCAUGUGGGAAUCAUGCAUGCAGUCGUCAGUAGAGAGAAAACAUGGAUAUGGCUCCAAUAGUCACUGUUUACUAACUACAUGGAGACAAAUGGGCUCAUUCAGCUUAAAUCCCCUCACAUUGCACUUUAUAUCACACACACACACACAUUGAAUUUCCCAUGUUGUACCACCUAAUAGCUCCACUGUAAGUCCAAAGUGCAUAAGACAGAAAUAAACACGCCCUUUUCAUGCAGGAGCUCUUAAUGUUGUACACAGGACAGCCAAAAGCACAAUACUUUUUACCAACAUAUCUUAAUGUGCAUUUUUUUUUAUUAUUUUGUCUUUAAGUGUCUUUUGUCUACUUUGUGUAAUGUCAUCAAUGGUUGCUCUCAGUGCCAUUGUCUUAUUUCUUCGGUACAUUAGCACAACGAAGUCGUGGUUCUGCUGAGCAACAGGGUAUCGGCUGGCUGUGUUUGCAGAGCGUAAUCUGAGCUGGGUGAGCCACAUCAAUUGUUCACUUUCUCUCCAUUUUCUCAGGUUAGGCUCUUAGCAACAAUUAGAGUGGAGGAUAAUCUGCUUGUGUACUUUUUAAACCCAAAGACAAAGAAUACAACCCAUUUUAACUGUGUUCACUCCUCUUUGAACAGAAGCAAAACAACAAUAACAAAAAAAAAAAGCACAGCAACUGUUCCCCGUCCUUCUCCACCUCUUGUGUUUGUGUGCAGCGUUAUCAAAGAUCGGGCAUUUUAGGGAGGCAUUUUACUUGAAGACCUGCUCAUUUGAGUGAAAUGACCCAAAACGUGCUCCGGAUGCGUAGCUAUAAUAAAUACGCAUUACCCUAGAGGACUGAAAAGCUUUUCAAGUAAGAUGUUACCCGUGUAAAGCAAAGCUUUAACACUGUCUGUCUGGAAGGAGACUCAUUGUAAGCAGGAAGUGUGGUUACUGUAGUUGCUAUGUACUGUAAUUUUCCAUCCAAUAAUAUUGCUCAUCAUAUCAUCUCGCUAUUGAUGCAUCAGCUCUCCAGAUUUAUCAGUUAGAUCCAAAUGUGAAUAUGUAACUAAAGAUUUCACUUCAUAGCUAUUACUACUUAUUAUUAUUAUUAUUAUUUUAUUUUUUCUGAAUGUAUUUGUUGUUAUUGCUGUGUUGUACUUUGCACUAAUGUGAGGUCCUCUGAAACUCCACAAUUACCUUUUAAACGUACCCUUUACAUGUUAGAGGCCAGGGAUGCUUUAUUGAUUUUUUUUUUUUUUUAAACACAUAAAUAUUUAAAUUUAUAUCUAAAAAACUCAUUUGAUUUAAAUUACGUUUUUAAUAUUUUAAUUUUGACAGAUGGGGUGCAGCCGACAGGGCAUGUGGUCAUCUAAAUAUAUAUAUAUAUAAAACCAGAAUAAACAAAAAGACCUGCAGUGAUUUCUCAGGCCCACCUCCGGCGGCUGAUCUAAUCUAAACACGUUGCAUAAAAAAAAUAAAAAAAAAAUAAAUCAGCUCGACACGCCUGGUGGCUUUACGCAAAUGCCAGAUUGCGUGCGCAUGUUUGUGCAAUCUGCUGUUCUGCUGACGUUAACAGGAGACUGGCAUUGUACUCGUCCCCGCAUGGAAUAUGAUACAGCGGGGAAGGAGAGGGGAACAAUGAGGCAGCAUGUGAGAGCUGGAUGGACCGCAAAACAGGGGAGCAAAGGGAGGCAGCCUAUAAAUAGACACGGCGUGGAAAUCUGAAAUUCAGCUGUGCUCUCCGUGGGUUUAUUUGAACUCCCGCGUGUGGAAAAGCAAACAAAAGAGGCGUUCGCGUGGAGCAUCUGUGGACGGAACGAGUUAAAGAAUCAGCCUCCGGUCCAAUCAGGGCUUCCCUCAUCUCGUUUAUCCGUUCAUAUGUCUGUGUGCAGCAGUGAAAAGCAUCCGAGUGUGUGCCCUAGUCACAUUUUUCUGUUGCAUGUGCACACUUUGGCCUGCAUGAGUUGUUCAUGUGCACACCCGAGUGUUGUGAUUGCUGUUCUAACUGAUGUCGUGUUAGGCUUAGCUUUCCGCCUGUUGGUUCUGCAUGGGAUGUCCGGUGCAACACAGGUUCGCUCACACGGACACACGACAGCCAAACGGGAAGUUUAGUCCUGGUUCAAAACGUCGUCUCCCCUCGGUAGGAAUAAUCUUUGGAAAUAAAAGCAAGCAAACCAGUUUUGUAUCGUUGUUAUAAUUUAUGCCACUGUUCUGGCAUCCAAAGGGCUUAAAUUGGACUUAUUGGACCUGCACAUUUAAAUCAGUUUCAGCAAAAGGCUUGGAAAAUGGCAAAAAAAAAAAAAACUUGAGUAACAAGGAUAGGUAUUAGCUAAUAUAACAUCUAAAACUAUCUUACACAAUAGGAUGGGAUUUGAGAUGUUUUUUAAAAUGAGUUAAAACUGUCAAGAAAAUGUAAAAAUAAAGGAAGAUCAGUAAAACAGUCAAGGAGUCUAGAAAGAGAGAUCCUCCUUAGUUACAUCCUAACAGUUAGCUAAAUAUUUUUAAAGACAGCAAACUCUGUUUUAUGGACCACAUUGUAGUUCUUAUUGAAAGCAAGGCUGAAGUUUGUUCAUAUAAGAUGAGUUUCGAGAAAUAAAAUAAAAACCCAACUACAGGAAAGCAUAGUGGAGGUUCUAUCAGGCUACAAGAUAUUUGAAAAGUGAUUGAAUUAACUCCGAUCUAUUUGUUGUAGUUUCACAAUAAAAACAAAGACAUAAAACAGAAAAAAAGGAAGAGCAUUCAUGUCGGAUCUUCAGUAGAUUUGUGUGAAAAACUAUAAAUUACAAAAACCCACGCAGAAUCGAUCAAGUGUUAUAAAUUUGGUGUAGCAGUGUGGUGGAUUUGACUUGGAUAUUGUGAGACCAAUGUGAAAAUAUUAAUAGGGAGGGUUAGAUAAGAAUCCUGCAAUGUUCAGAGUCCUUCGUCUGCACUUUUUCUGAAAUGGAUCUCGGACAAAAGGUGGGGAACAAUCCAGUGGCAUCCUCAGCUCCCCUCACUAUUCUCUGCAGGACCCUCAUUUUAACCUAAUUUUUAAAACUAUUUUUAAUGUUUUAUACCUCUGUUCUAACAUGCAAAGUCUUAAAUUUCCCCUUAGAUCAAAUUGUCUAUAAAAGCAGAACAAGAUUUCUAUUACGAUAACAGAUUUGUUUCACUAAAACAAUGUUUUACAAUUUGAAACGCAGUGGAAAUUGUAACAUACUGUGGAAUGAUUUGGCAUUUAAAAAUAGGUGAAGGGCGUUAUUAAUUCAUUGUCUUGCUCUCUGACUAAAAAUUUGAAUCUGAAUCAGAUUAUAGUGAAACAAUCUUACUUUAUAACGUCAUAGAUGGCUUCAGUUCAACAUGCUCCUCUUUUUCCUAGACGUUCAGCAGGGACAGUCUAAUAAUCUUCUCAGUUCCUCUCACUGUUUUCUGCAGGGCCCUGCUUGUUGCCAUCUUGCAGACAGGAGUGCGACGCUAAAAUGGUUCCUGGCAAAACACCAUAACCCUCAGCUCUGUGUGUGUUUGUGUGACCUGCAGUCAGAAAAUUAGAAACGUCUCAAACAGAAAAAUGAUUCAGAACUCAAAAUGUUUGAAGAGAAUGCAAUUUAAUUGCUCGACGAGCCAAAGAUGAUGACAAACAUUCCCCUCCAGCAAAGCUCAAAUCUGAAAUAUGUAAAUAUGUUAAAUGCACUUUGAAAAAGUGCUACAAACCCACAAACAGAGCAAAAGAAAUAGCACAAUCCUUAGUUUGAAUGAAGUUAACCUUUUUACUAAAACAUACUAAAGAUACAAAACUGGUUCGUUUACAGAGAGAUUAUGUUUAAACUUUUGACCAGGAUUUAAAAACACACACUUUCACACUGCUGGAAACAUUUUUUCCACUUAUUUUCUUUUGCAUUAUUUCCUCGCUUUGCCCAACAUGCCCAGUUCAUAAAAACCUGCCCUGCUGAAACCGGAACUCGUCUCACGCUCGUUCCACUCGUUUUGUGCGUUUGUGAUAAAAACUGACCCUGCUCAAAUCGGAUUGUAGAUAGCUGUAAAUAAUGUCAAAACAGUAUAAUAUCUCUAAGACGGGACAGGAAAAUUAUGUGAUUUUUGUUUGGAUCGGGAUGUAGAGCCACAUGACUCUUCUUUUUGCUGUCCAGUCAUGGAUUUAAUGUUCCUGCUAGGCAAUUCUUUAAAAAGAAAAAAUUUACAGACACAUAAAAUGUUCAACGUGGAUGAGGAGAUUACAUAUAGCAGCUAAUAGUGAUAGAUCUCAUGAAAUUAAAGAAAAAAAUUACGCAAUCUUGUGAAGUUUAUUUCGUGGUUCUGAUUAAAUUAAAUUUAGUACAUUAAACUCGUAAUAUUAUAUACAUUCUCAUGUUUUUUAGUAACAAUUUAAGCUUUGUCAUUAGUGGCAAACAGAUAUUCGUGUAAGAAUAGUUAGUGAAUCACAUGUCACAGGGUGUUUUCUGCUCCUGAAAGGUUUAAAAAUGUUCGCAUGUGGUCUCCUAAAGCAGCGCGGAAAUGUUUGAUUGUGGUAAAAAACGGUUCAUUGGGUCCCCUCUCUUCCAAGAACAGCCCGUUUCUAGCCCUGUUCAGCCUGGUUUCAGACUACAAACCACAGAGAUAAAAAUAAAAAGAAGAAGAAGUACGUCCACUGACCCCUGCUGUCCUCUCCAUGACCUUAUCGGAUCAGGUCGGAUCCUCGCGGGCUGCUUUGGGCGGGGCACGCCGACGUUGCGGAUCAGGUGGUUUGUUAGCAUCCUGUUGCUCUUCGUUCCUGCAUGGUCCCUAUCGGUGUUCCAGCCAGCAUGAGAACAAAGACACAAACUGUGAAAAACAUCUUUGUAAUUUUAGCAAAAAAUAAAAAGAAUAUUUUAUCAGCAAUUUUGGGUUUAAUUUACGCAAAUUGUUCCUUUCUUUUUAGCACUUUUUUGCUUUUGUAAUGAUUUUUUUCCUUUUCUGUUUUUGGAACUUCUUUUCAUGCAGAGAUUUUUAAUGUAUAGAUAUUUAUUCUAGCAAUAGUCUUCCUAUUACGAUAUACUGUGCUGAUGCAUCCUCUGAAUAAUGGAAACUAGCAUAUAUAAAUAAUUAUAUAAAUAAAUAUAAAUAUAUAUAUAUAUACACAGAUGACAAUAAUCCAAUCUGCAAAAUGAAUUUCAUAAUAAAAUUUGAACUGAGCAGUGUA